AUGCGCGAAGUUAGGUGGCCUAGAAUACGGCCAGGCCAAUCAACUGACUUUCCCACUCUGCCAAGCCGCAUAUUUGGGCUCAAGUCACAAGGUGCCGCUUCGUCGAUCAUUCUGGCUGCCAGCCAGUCGCACUGGUUGUUUUUGGAGAUGGACCUCAUUUCGACCGAACAGGUCGUGGCGGAGUACGUCUCAAGCGUCGCGCCCAGUUCGUGGGCCUUUGGUUUUUUGACCCUGGUGCCGUGGAACUCGCAGAAUCUGCCAGCCAACGUGCUGGCCCCCGAAGCAGACCAUGGAGAGAUGAGCCAGGGCAGCAUCAACCAGAUGGUGGAGCAGCACGAGGCUGUGGUGAUCCCGUCCGUGUACAAGACAAGGAAGGAGAAGAGGGGCUUGACGCGUCUCUUGGACUAUCUGAGGGCCGCGCACCCUGACGCGUUCGUUUUCUUGGUGCAGCUGCCAGAUCGGUUGGGUGCCGGGCUGACCAAGGGCUAUCUCCGGACCUUGAUGGCGAGGCAGGAUGCGCUCUACAGCUUUGGGGCGAGCGGAGUGCUGAUGGAGCUGGAGGGUGACCCAGAGGGCUUGCUGCAGAAGGUACGUUUGGAGCUUGCUGAGAACGCCGCGAUCCAGCUGCGUGUGCAAUACUACGAGAGCACCGUGACAGCGGGAGUACCUUCCUCCAACGAGCUCCAGACCAUCGAGGACGAACACGACGGUCUUCUCUGGGAGACCAUCCCGCAGUUGCUAAUGCCCGGUUUUCCUGAUCUAGACAAGCGCUUGCUGGAAUUUGGGGACAGGGUUGGGGAGUUCCGGUUGGUGCAGCAGUACGCAAAUCAUCAGCACGUCUUGUUGGCGGUUAACGGGCAGCACGAGAAUGUCGUGAUCAAGACUCGCAAUAAGCGGAGCAGCACCGCUGCCGAGGAGGUGGAGAGCGUCUACUAUACCAGGAGUUCAACCUCCUGA